AUUUAUUUAUCCCUUUUAUUUAAUUAAUUAUUUUUUUCCCCCCCCCCCUUCUCUUUAAAGCCAGGCCUGUUUUGGGUUUAUUGUCUCCCCCUAAAGCCAGCCGCAGCCCGCCCGGCCUCGCCUCCAUUUUAAUUGCCGAGCUGGGGGGGGGGGGGAAGUGACCCUGGGAUUAUUUCAUUUCUUACCAUUUAUUUUUUUAUUAAUUUUAUUUAUUUAUUAUUAUUAUUAUUUUAUUUUUUAAAAAACCCAGCUCUGCUUUUCGGGGCGGAUGGAGGCGGCUUUCCCGGCGCUGUGACAAGUGCACCGAGUGACCGGGGAGGGGGGGGGCACCCUCCGAGCCCCCUCCCCAACCCCAAAAGCGGGUGACGUUGGUGACAGUGGGCUCGGGGUUUGGGGUCGUGCCCACCCCUGGGUGUCCCCAUCCCCUCCCCGAAACCCUCCACCAAGUCCCUGAGAACUCAGCCCCAGAGCCGCUUUUCGGGACGGGGGACGCGGGGGACACCGAGCGCCCCGCGGGACCCCCCCCCUUGGCUUGAUUUUUUUUUUUUUCCCCUCUCUCUCGGCACCUGCCCAGGCAAGGAGAAAACAAAGGCGACUCGGACCCUCCUCAGCCGGCUUCCUCCUCCUUUUUCUUCUUGCAAUCUCCACCUUUCGGCUUGGGGUCGUUAACGGGAGCUUCGUUAAUUGGGCACCUGUACCCGAAUCGUGCCGGGUGUUUUCGGCUGCUCCCCGGCAUCGCCUCCGGAUCCCAUCCCGGCUCUCCCAACUCCACCAAGUAUUUCUUGCUUGAAUGCCUCGGCAGCUGGAGCCGCUCUGUUUUCCGGACGGGGAAAGGGAGGAUUUUACCUUUUUGGUCGCUUUUUCAAUUUUUUUGGGUUCUCCUCGGGGAUUGGAAGGAAAAGCUCGGGUUACCCCAGAAGAGUGAGGAAAAAGAACAUCUGAAGAAACUCUUGGAGCUUGUUACCAGAGCCCGUGUUCCUCUGAUCGUUAAAUCAUGCACUGCUCAGCUGUGAAACAUCGUGGCAUGUGUUUUUGCUAACAGAAAACGCUGUCAAAUAUUGCUCUGCCUUUCUUCUACAAGAGUUUCUACCAGUGCUAUCAGAAGGUCAAGAAAAGUGCACUGCCUGUGCUGCCCUAGGACUGUUGAUGUCCUCAGCUGUUGUAGGAGAAGCACCAGACCUGGAACCCAGUUUGUUACUGGUAAAAGUGAAACUCGUACACGCUCUGUGCCUUGUGGAAGGAGGAGCUCCAAGCCCAAUCUCACCUUACAGAGCGCCUUCAUAGAGGAAUUUAAAAAAUGCUGGAAUGUCUUGGGAGUGGAGACAUGGAAAGGACAUGGGGGAAGCAGAGAAAUGGGGACUUGUGGAAGAGGAAACACAAAGAUUUCCAAAUGAAUAACCGAAAGGAAGAUAUGGAGAUUACUUCGCACUACCGGCAUCUGCUUCGUGAGCUCAACGAGCAGAGACAGCACGGCAUCCUCUGCGAUGUUUGCAUUAUAGUGGAGGGCAAGAUAUUUAAGGCUCACAAAAACGUUCUGCUCGGGAGCAGUCGCUACUUCAAAACGCUGUACUGCCAGGUACAGAAAACCUCCGACCAGGCCACGGUCACCCACUUAGACAUUGUAACUGCACAGGGCUUUAAAGCAAUCAUUGACUUCAUGUACUCGGCGCACCUCGCGCUGACCAGCAGGAACGUCAUCGAGGUGAUGUCGGCUGCCAGCUACCUGCAGAUGACGGAUAUUGUACAAGCCUGUCACAACUUCAUCAAAGCAGCUCUCGACAUCAGCAUAAAGUCCGACGCCUCGGACGACCUCGUCGAUUACGAACUGGGAGCCCCCUCCAGCAGCAGCACGGAUGCUUUGAUUUCGGCGGUGGUGGCUGGCAGGAGUAUAUCGCCCUGGUUAGCCCGGCGAACGAGUCCAGCCAACUCUUCCGGAGACUCAGCGAUCGCCAGCUGCCACGAAGGAGGGAGCAGUUACGGCAAAGAGGAUCAAGAACCAAAAACAGACAGCCACGAAGACAUUUCAUCCCAGUCCCUUUGGUCUAGCGACAUGGGCUACGGGUCUUUACGCAUCAAAGAGGAGCAGGUUUCGCCCUCGCAUUACGGAGGGAGCGAACUCCAUUCAGCCAAGGAUAGUGCAAUACAGAACACUUUCUCGGAACAAGGAGUAGGGGAUGGCUGGCAGCCCACGGGGCGCAGAAAGAACAGGAAAAAUAAAGAAACUGUGCGUCACAUUACGCAGCAAGUGGAGGACGACAGCAGGACGAGUUCCCCCAUGCCGUCUUUUUUACCUGCCUCGGGAUGGCCGUACAGCAGUCGAGACCCAAGUGCCGACGUGGCCGUGACGGAGCCCAGCAGCUCCGACAGCCGCGUGGAGCGCUCGGACCCCUACGGCAACGUGGACGAGGCGCUGGUGGGCGGCGAGGCCAGCUACCUGGCGCAGCCCCUGACGCCCGACAAGGAGGACGCGCUUCAGGCCGCCACCGUCGCCAACCUGCGGGCCGCCCUGAUGAGUAAGAACAGCUUGCUGUCCCUGAAGGCCGACAUGCUGGGAGAGGACAGCUCGCUGCUGUUCGAGUACCUACCCAAAGGCACGCACUCUCUCUCUCGGCCUGGCACCAACUUGAAUCGUUCAAGGGGCGAAUGUGAUGGCAAAGUGGAAGCACCAUCUCCCCCGCUGCCUUCAGCACACCUUGCCACUCAGAGCCCCCCCGCGGUCUGCUGCUCUGGUGACAUGUCACCAGAAGCCAUGGCAAAAGGAGAGAUGCCUGCCUCAACCCAGGCCGCUUACGAUGGGUUUUUAGCACUUUGGCAGUUUAAUAACUCUGACACAGAUCCCUGCUUUUUGAGGUCUGAAGACAUGGACUUCGCUACCGAUGGCCUGUUGCUAGAUUCAGCCCUAGCCAAGAGGCUGACCUGUGGCUUCUGCAGGAGGGUUUUCGAGUGUGCCGAGAAGCUGAAGGAGCACAUCCACGAGCACGCCUUCUCCAUGAUCUUCCCCUUCGACUUGGCUGCCUGCGCCUGGCCUGGCCUCGCCGAGGGGGUGCCUGCUGGCCAGCUCGCCCGCUUCCAGUGCUCCAAGUGCCCCGCCAGCUUCACGCUGAAGUCCAACAUGGAUCGGCACGAGAAGACCAUCCACUUCAACUUCAACGAGUUCACGGUGAUCAGGAAGAAAUUCAAGUGCCCCUACUGCAGCUUCUCCGCCAUGCACCAGUGCAUCCUGAAGAGACACAUGCGAUCCCACACGGGAGAACGACCUUACCCCUGCGAGAUCUGCGGGAAGAAAUUCACGCGCCGGGAGCACAUGAAGCGGCACACCUUGGUCCACAGCAAGGACAAAAAAUACGUCUGCAAAGUGUGCAACCGGGUCUUCAUGUCUGCAGCCAGCGUGGGGAUCAAGCACGGCUCUCGCCGCCACGGGGUUUGCGCCGAUUGCUCGGGACGGGGCAUCGCGGGGCAUCACCUGGACCACAACGGUGGAGAAGGCUCCCCGGACGAGCUGUACCCCGGCGAGGGGCAGUACAUGGAAGACCCAGACGACAUCAAAGUGGAGGGAGACGAGGAGAUGGGAGACGACGACGACAUCAAGUGGAAAGACGACGUAGGCAUGGCGCAAGACGACGUGAUUUUAGAUGACGACAAAGACGUCGACUCUCCGCAGGAGCAGGAGAACUCUGGGGAGAACGACAAGGAUUUUACCUGGAUUUCUUAGGGAUUUUAUUAUUAUUAUUAUUAUAUAUUUUUUUUCAUUUCGUUCUGUUGUUUGUAGGGGGCGGGAGGGCGGGGGAGGAAAGGAGUAUGUUGGAAAAAACUAAGUAGCCUUGUUGUCGUCCAUGUGUGCAAAAUACUUUCUGUGUUUUCUAAACGAGCCCUUCUCUGUUCCACUCAGAUACUGUCUGAGCCGUGUCGCUUCCAGGGACACGACCGAAUUCACCUUCCCCCUUCUCCCUUCAGGAAGAAACCCGACCCAGAGCGAGCCGGGCUCCUGCGAGUGACUUACGGUGUCCGCGGGGAGGAACGGGCGACUCGCAGGCUGCGUAAAGCUUCUUCCCCCUGUACCUCUCCCUCCCCGAGCCCAACACCGGGGAGAUCUUGUAUCCGAAGCAGGUUUUUUUUUUGGUGGUGGUUGUUUAAUUUUUUAACACCUUUUCUGCGUGACGAAAUCCCUGCGGUGCUGGAAUGGCGAACUAACGUGGAACCAAAUCGCUGGGCGUGUUUUUGAGGGCUUUCCCUAACGAUGCGGGCCUUUUUUUUUUUUUUUUUUUUGCAAAGUUGUGUAAAGAGUUUUUAUUGUUUUUUUUUUUUUUUUUUUUACGGAGCCAAAUAGAUCAAAAGGCAAGUCAGAUUUUGCAGCCUUACGAGUUCUCGUCAUACAAGUAGAUUCGUAGCUUCCAAAACAGAAUCACCAUCAGAAAAGAUCAUGGCAUUUUCUUGGACCCACUGGCACCUUACCCGUGUCCCGUCUUCCAGCCUUGCUGACCGCAUUCCCCCAAACGAGUGCUGGUGUUUCCACAGAACUCUUUUUUCCUAUAAAGGCCACGGGUAAUUGUCUCCCUGUCAUCGUCUCCCACGGAUAUUUCCACUUUUCUCCCUUUGCUCAGCUGCCUUUUUCAUAAAUAUAUGCAAACUGUAGUUUAAAAAAAAAAAACAAAAAACACAAAACCGAGGCAUUUAGCAAAGUGCAGGACGGACUGUGAAAUAUUGGAAGCCAAGGUGAGGAAAUCCUAGGGCAGGGGAAAUCCUGCUGCUCCUGCGGGGCCGGGGUUGCUCCUGGGUGCGUUGCUUUUCCUUGCCAAGCUGCAAACUUGGAUUCAUCCUUGGUAGGGAUCAAAUUCACGAAGGAAACCUUCAGUUUCAGCUGCACUGGUUUGAUGUAAAUUUGCAAAUAGAUGCAAAUUUGAUGUAAAUUUGCAAAUUUUUUUUUAAAAACGAGAACCAGGUUUCUCUCCUAGCACGUCUCCUAAAAAAGGUUUUGUGGGUCUGCUCCAGGUAGUUGGAUUCUCCUUGUCCAUAUCGGCCACUGUUGCCUUCUUCCAACUACACGGAAACGACGACAAAGUGCAUUGGAAGUGUCUUGUUCCUGCGAGAAAGCUUGUUUGACCUUUCACCUCUUUGCUUCUGGUGCUUUUUUUAACAAAAAAAAAGAAAAGAAAAAAAAAAAAAAGCUGAAGACCUCACUGUUUCCUUGCCGUGGAGCAAUUUUAUACAAUGUCUGUGAUGACGGGAUCUUGAAACCUGCCACAAAAGACAAACCUGUUGCCAGAAAGCCAAAUGACUAAAAGGUGCUAUUUUAUUUUAUAUUUUUUUUUCCAGUGGUGGGAAAGGCGAUCUCUGUGGGGAGGGAAGGAGCUGUCGCAGGUGGUGUUUCCUUAAUGAAAUGGUUCCCCCCAGCCAAGAAAACAAGAGUUUAUUGUCCAAUAAACCCCAGGAAAGCAAAGGAUCUUUCAGGAUUUGAGCUGCUGAGCACCAGGGCUUGUUUUUGGGGAGCGUGGCCAGGCGGGAUCCUUGCUCCUGGCCCUGCAGGAGCUGCUUCUCCCUCGUCCCCAUGGCACGAGCCACAUCCAGGGGUCGUGGGUUUUAUUUUUGAGUCCCUUUCUCUGCAGCCGUCUCCGGUUCCCCGCAGAAGCUCUCCUCCUUCUCUCUGCCUUUUUUUCCCCCCUUUGAGCCUCCAGCACCUCCUGGCUGCCGGCUUUGGGUGCUCGGUGGCUCCUUUCUCCCCGAGCCACCUCCUGGCCCCAGGUCCAGCAUCGGGCUCGGGGGGGGGGGAUCCCCAUCGCUGCUGCUGCUGUAAUCCUUAGGAUCGGGGGGGCGAAGCGGACCCUGUCGCUUUGAGCCGGGACGGGCAGCCCUCUGCAACCCUCUCCUGGAAAUAUUUAAAGCCUAAAGUGCUGGGGGGGCGUCGAAAGUGUUUUUAUUGACCUUGUACAAACCUGGUUUUUUGCAUUUUAGCUUCUUGUCAAGCCCCCGUUGCUGUAUUUAAAAGACGUGAACAGAACCGGUAUUUUACGAUUGGAUUUUAUGAUUUUGUAUGCUUUUAUUUUUAUUUUUUUUUCCCUAAAUACAAAACCAAUCAGCGGUUGGCUGUUGGGGGGGGGGUCCCGGGGGCGUUGCCUUGCACGGGCUCUGUAUUUAUUGUACCUGUAAAUGUGGAGGGGUGGGCUGGGGGCGGCCGACGGCCUCGCAGCCCUCACUUGUUACGUGUAGACAAAUACAUACAGUACUUCAAAGAUACCUGUAGCUUUGCUUUUUAUACCUGAGAGCUCUUUUCUUUUAUUUUUUUAACCCAAACCCUUCAACCCCCGUUGUUUCUGUCACAUUCCAUCUUGCUCAUCUCUUCCGAUUCCAGAGUAAGAAUUUCGCUCCCCUGCCCCUGGGGGGGAGCCACGAGCACUCCCCCCGGGUUUUCCUUCUCCUCCCUCUCCCUGGCACUUCGGUGGCUCCAUCUCCGUGAUCACUUACGGGGUGCGGAGCUUGACUUCGCUUGGCAUUGGGAAAUAUUUCCUUUUUUUUUUUUUUUCCCCUUUCCUUUCCAUUUUUUUUCCCCUUCCUUUCCAUUUUUUAUUUUUUAACGGCGGACAGUAAGCCACGCGGCUUGCCGAAACCUUUCCUAGUAGUGCCACUUUUGAAGCUCUUUGAGCUGAGAAUGCAAAAAAAUAAUAAAAAACAGAAAAAAAAAAAAAGGAAAAUCCACAGAAAAGCUAACUUGUUAUAAUGUUACCAUUAUAAUAUAGCACAUGCUUCUAUAUUACUAACAUACACUAUAUAUACCAAAUAAAAGCGUUCUAAUAUGUGAUGUAUAUUUUUUAAGUGCUUUGUUUCGCUGGAGGUGUGCAGACGUGGAAACGCAGGUCCUGGAGAACUGCUCCUGACUCUUCCGUGCUCCGGAGGGCUCUUCUUGAGGCUCGGUAGUUAAAAAAAAGGGCACUUGGGUUUUUUUUUAAUGCUGAAACUUUAUACGAUGCCACCGGUUGCUGCCAGCAGCCGGUGCCGGGGGGCUUGGGAUUUUGGGGGGGUGAUGGGGGGAUGACGGCUGCAGCCCCCAGCCCCGUGGGGCCGUGCUCUGUGCCCGGACACUGCCUAUGCAAACUCGGUGCAAAACGCUCGCCCUGCCCGUCCUGCCCACCUAGGGUGGCCUCCGGGCUUCCUUUUUUUUUAAUUUUUUAAUUUUUCCCUUUUUUUAAAAUUUUUUUCUAACUGUAUAGAUGUCUGUGUGUGUCCAUGUGUGUAUAUCCAGCACGAUAUGCGCACAUCCAGGUCUAGUUUCCAGAAAUAGCUCCCUUAGAGAUGAAAAAUCAAUCCACGUAGUCCGCUGACGAUUUUUUUUUAAGUAUUCAUACCUGUAAACGUUGCUCCCUGAAUUUCUUUAUAUUAUUAUUUUUUAUAAAAGCGUGCCAGGAAUUGGAAAAGGAUUUCAAAAAGUGCUUUGAGAGCUUCUUGUGCAGGACAGCAGCCGGGGUGUGAAAGCAUCCGUGCGCUGUCCUCGCCUUAAGGCAAAUUCCCUUCUUGGCAUCUCCCAUCAAUUUAUUUCAUAAAAAAAAAUCCUCAAAAAAAAAUCAUAAAUCGUCUGUUUUUGCAUAGGUUUGUCCCUUGUGGACGCGUUAAGGUCACCCUCAGACCUCACAGCUCGGGGACGGUUCGGUGGGGAGGUGACAAGGGGGGGGUGGCUAAGGAAGGAUCCCAAAGUGACCGUUUCUUUUGUGUUUUUUUAACCAAAAAUCAGUGUUUUGGACUACAAAAGGAAUAUUUUUCGUACGAAGGGAAGCCCGCUCUAGCGUUAGGUCCCGUUUUUUUCUUUUGUACCUCGACGUAUGCCUUUAACUCUCUGCUUUUCCAAAGCGAAAGCUGCAUCGGUUUGGCGUUUUGUACGGAUGGGGGGGGAAUUCAAAGGACUUCUGGCAGCCCCUGCAGCCCCUCUCCCCCCACCGCUUCCCGUUUUGCACAUCGCCCUUUAGGAAAGAAACUCCAUGAAAAAAAAAAAAGAAAAAAAAAAUGCAAAAACUGGAAUUUUUUGCAAUAUCCUGAAAGAUAAAUCUUCUUUUAGCUCAUUCUGUGACAUGUGCGACUCCUAAGAAAGCCAUACUUAAUGGUUCUUUUUAUUCUUAGUUCCUAUAAUUUUGAAUUUCUGCCUUUUUGUUUUUUUUUUUUUAGUCCUGCAUAGUAAGAGUGCUGUGUGUAUGCUUUCAUAUAUAUUUAUUUUUCAACGUGCUUUAAACCUGUCUGCAAAAAAGCUAAACAAACAAAA